AUGUCGUAUCCUUUUUUCAAGAAUAUCGGAAAUCCGUUUUCGAAUACUGGGCGAGGACCAUCUGAAUGUGAAUUGAAAGGUUAUCAAGUAUAUGUAAAUCUGGGCAUUUGCCUGAAAAUAAACGCAACUGAAGUUGGCUGGGAUGCUGCUUAUGACGUUUGCCAACAAGAUAGUGGAUAUCUUCUAAAUAUAUACACAGAUGAAAUAUACAGUGCUCUUGAACAGUUUACCACGGAUCAUGGUGUAGAAAAGGUAUAUAUUGGUGGUUAUGGCGUGAAAUCUAAUGGGUUUGAAUGGUCGAGAGGUGGACAAAUAAAAACUGAAUAUUGGAAUGCUUAUGAACCAGAUAAUCAUCAAGGGACAGAAUACUGUGUAUCGUACUUCAAUGGAGAUACUAUUGGCUUGUAUGACAUAGUCUGCACCGAAAAGCAACCAUUUGUUUGUGAACUAAUGCUUUAA